AUGAAUAAUCCUUUGGGGAGUCAUAAAGCGAUUCAAAAAAUAGGUGGAACCUAUGUUACUAUUCCGUGUAUUCCACCAGAAUAUCGUUCUACUUUAGAUGAAAUUUUUGUUACUUUAUUGUUCCAUGCAUCUGAUAGAGCCCAUUUUAAAAAUACCGCUAUGUUUCGCAUAUUAGUAGAUGAAAUUAAUUUCCUUCAGGACUGUGGUAUUGUUUUACAUUUACCACAGGGAGACAAAAAAAUAUACUUUGCUCUUGGUUUAUUGACGGGGGAUAAUCUUGGACUCAAUACAAUAUUAGGUUAUUCAAUGGGGUUUAAUGCCACUUAUUAUUGCCGCUUUUGUACUACACGAAAAGAAGAUUGUGAAAUAGAUUGCUUCGUACGAAAAGAAAAUUUGAGAAAGACAGAAAAGUACUUGAACGAUAUUCAUGACGGUCUAUCCAACUCUGGUUUAAAUGAAUAUUCAAUUUGGAACGAUGUUAAAGGAUUUCACGUUUACGAAAAUUUUGCUUCAGAUCCUUUGUUACAUGAGAUGGCAGAAGGUUGUUUACGAUAUGGAAUGAGCCAUUUAUUAUAUCAUUUAAUAUUCAAGAAGAAACACUUCAUUAUUCAAGUACUUAAUGAAAGAAUAAAAACUUUUGAUUAUUAUAAAAAUGGAUUUUCGAACAAGCCACCACUUGUAACAGAGGAGGAAGUGAGAAGCAAGCAUUUAAACUUGUCAGGUGCCGAAAUGAUAAAUUUUUUUUUAACUUUUGGUUUCUUGGUUGGGGACUUUGUACCUUGCGGUAAUAAAUUGUGGCAUUUUUAUCUUAUUUUACGCCAAAUAUUUGAUAUUGUUGCUGCUACUAGCAUUCAAAAAGAAGUAUCGAUAUUGUUGGAGCAACUCAUUUUUGAACAUCAUACGUUGUACCAGGAACUCUUUAAAGAUAAAUUAAAACCGAAGCAUCAUAUUAUGCUACACUUUCCUAUGAUGCUUGAAAUGUUAGGACCUCUAGCUUUAUUUAGUACAAUGAGACAAGAAUCCAAGAAUAGGCUUAACAAGAUUCGUACAAAUGCCACAUACUCUAGAAAAAAUAUUACUUUUACAUUAGCGUUCAAAGAAGCCUUGCAAAUGUGUUAUAGAUUUGUAAGUCAACUCGGAUUUGUUCAGAAAUUUGAAAUGGGACCAGGGAACAUUUUAGACGAAUUGCCUGAAAGCGAAGAUUAUUCGUGCAUCCCUGUUGAUUUCAAAACUGCUUGUAUAGAGAUUCCUUAG